AGCGAGCCAUGGAGAAGAGGAGGGUCAUGGAGCAGAAGAGAAGAAUGAAACUGCAGUGGAGCAUGAGGCAUCAUCAUCAACUGCAUCAGUGACAGUACCAGCUCAGAGGUCCAUGCCACUCCUUGCAAUGGUGGCGGGGCUGAGUCUUCUCAUCAUUGCUGUCAUCAGUGUAUACUACAUUCGUAGUGCCGACUACGGUUUCAGCUCAUCAGUGGAUCGUGCUCAGCGCUUACUGAGGAUUCGUUACGGCAAGGCCAAUGAAAUCUACUCGCCGAUGUUUGAAGCGUCAACAGCCAGCACUGUUGACAACAUCUACAUCAACCUUGUCAAGCUGCCGAAGGGGGACCUAAGCGACGAGUUCAAGCACGAAUUCCAGUCCAGCUCCGACGACAUGUGGCGGAUCGAGCAUGCCUUCACUAGUGCAGGUCAGAGAAUGCAAAGCCUCAACUUAGAGUCUCUUCUCAACAACACCCAUCAGGAUCAGUCAUCGCAUCUCACAGGUCAGACUCUCGGCACGAUAGUCAUGGCUAGUGCUGGGUGCGGGAAGUCGUUUGUUUUUACGAGGGUGGCACCGAUCAAAUGGGCAGCCGGUGAACUGUGGCCUAACAAGAAGCUGCUUGUUGCAAGAGAGUUGCGUUUCCCAGACGUGCACAAGGCUACAUCCCUGAGUAAGCUACUUGGACUAGACGGCAUUGGUAUCGAAGACAGUUAUGGCCAGCAGGAGAUCUGUGAUCAUGUUCGUGAACACCCUGAGAGUCUAGUGCUUAUUCUAGAUGGUCUUGAUGAGGUGAACCUGAAAGACAUGAGCAGUUUUGUCUAUGAUGUACUGUUUGGCAAGGAGCUGCAGGGAAUUCAUCUCAUAGUAACAUCUCGACCAUGUGCCGACAUCUUCCAGUUGUCAGUAUUACCUCACUUCCACCAACACAUCGAGCUAUUGGGAUUCAAACAAGAUGAUGUGGAGAGGUAUAUCAGUAGCGUACUUAGCCCGGAGAAAGCAGAGACCCUGAUCGCAGAAGUCAAUCGUUCAGCUUAUCUGGGUGGCAUGAUGGCGACCCCAUUCAUGGCACAGGAAGUUUGUGUGCAGUACCAUUUUGGCUUGGAUGCACCGCAGUGCAUGACAGACAUGUUUGAACAGAUGAUCAUUCAGAUUAUCAACCGGAAAUACAGCCGCUCAUACAAGCAAUGGAAUGAGGUACCAGUUGAGGCACAACUGCUGGUGAUGGAAAUAGGACAGUUUGCCUUCAAUAUGCUUGCCGAGAAGCGGAUGAUCUUCAAUGAUGCCGAUCUCCAAAAGCAAUCUCUCACUGAGCGUGCCUUGAAGCUCGGUUUAUUGGUGUCAGGAGAGGAGUGUCUAUCCAGGAAUGUUGUCAAACAGCAUCGGUUCAGCCAUCUUACCACUCAGGAGUACCUAGCAGCAAUCUACCUUGCCAGACACCCCACACGCAACAUGAUGAACAGUUUCAGGAUUAUUCAACUGGUGGAAAUCCUCGGUGCAGAAACUGCUCACUUGAGGACAUUCUGGACCAUGCUUUGUGCUCAGCUGAGUACAGCACAAGCCGAAUGUCUCGUGAACUCGCUACUAACACGAGAGAGGGUAACGGAUUGGGUUGAAGGAAAAGUUGUGCGCCGCCUUCAUCGGAACACAUCACGUGUUCAUAGUGGACACUUCGCUCAGUCACGAAACAUUUCUGCAUAUUUCAAGAGGUCUGAUGAGCAGCGACGCAAUCUUCAGAGUCUAGCAUUUCACUCCUUCGCCGAGCUGGCAAUGCAACAGAAAAGGGCUUGUUCUUCACUGCCGUCAAUACGCACUCUGCUAGCGUUUAGGCAAGACGUGCGGAUAUCCACAGGUCACCAUCCUGCAGAGAUGCGCUCGAUCGACAUUGUCCUUCGCCAUCACCCCCCAUGAUUUGCAGGAGGUGGCCUUAGCUGUUUGGUUCAUGCCCGGAAAUAAACAUUUCCCGUCAUCAUUGGCGAACUGCAGUGGGAUCCGAGCAUUGAAAAAUCAGUUGUCAUGACAAUGUGCAUGGUCUUUUUGCUAUUUUCACCUCUGCUUUACAGCAUUCCGCCAGCAUUCUUCGAA